AUGAUAUAAAUUUAGGAAAAUAAAUUUAAUUAAAGCUAAUUGUUCACUCAAUCAAGUGCUUGUAUCAAAGUAAAUUAUUUUAAAAAUAUUGCUUUUUAAAAAAGAAUAAACAAUAUUUUAUUCUCUUUUGUUUAUUGCUAUUCUCUGAUAAUUAUUUCUGUAGUAGGAAAUAAAUAUUUAGUAUCGCAAGAGGUUUCGAACCUGAACUAAAAAAAAAAUAAUGGAUUAGGUGAAGAAAAUAUUGUACUGAAAAAUAAAAAGAAGAUAAUGCUGAUGGUGGAUACUAAUGACCCUGAUAAGAAGAAUUUGAUUUUUAUAGAGCAAUUAGAGAUUAUAAUAAUUAAUAAUAUAGAUAUUUUAUUUGGUAUAUAUUUGUUAUUUGUACUUUACAUUUUAAAAUCUAACAUUUUAUGUAAAAUGAAUAAAAAUUGUUUUAAAAAUUCUUCCGUCUCUUAGACUGAAGGUCCAGUCAAAAAAAUUUUUUGA